UUUGUCAUUCUUGCAGAUCAAUUGUCAGAUGGGGAAAGCAAGCGAUCGCUGAGAGAAAGAGAGAGAGAAAUACAACAAAUCGAAAAGAAAAAUUUUCUUGUGUGCUUGGUUUGGCAGUGAAGAAAUCUCAAUGGUGGGCGGAUAUACACAAGUGAUUUCCAGUUUUCUUCCACUCCAAAUCCCUUUGUCAUCCCCCUCCUCCAACCUGUCCCCCGCCUGUCGAAGCCGCCGCCUUGUUGCCGAGCUUAACUCUAGCAAAACAUGUCUGAGACGAUCGACAACAGCAACGAAGUCGAACAACACCAACGGCACAACAAUCCAAACACAAUUGACACUCUAAGCAACAGUGCAACAAUCGAAGAUAUUGCCAAAAGUCAAGUGAUUAGGGAUUUUAUAGACGACGCCACUUUAAAGAUUGUGGAGGCCUUUGAGGAGACAAACGACGACGACAAAGAAAAAGCCAAUUUAACGCCAGAGAAAAAGUGUGAAAAGAGUGGCGAAGAAAAUAUUGCUGAAAAUACCGCCGAAGAGAGCUGUAAAAUCAGCACAGAAAAAAACCCAGAGAAUAUCCCUGAAAAGAGUAUUAAAAUCAGCACAGGAAAUAUUCCAGAAAGUAUCCUGGAAAGUAGCCCCGAAAGUACCCCAGAAAAGAGUAGAGUAUUCUCCGCUGCAACUACUCCCGAAAGUACCCCCGAAAAGAGUAGUAUUUUCGCCGCUGAAAACACCUCUGAAAAAGAAGUGAUCAAAGCCAAAAAGAGCGUCAGCUUCAAUCCAAACGAUGAGAAGAUACGCAAAUUUACCGCCGGCGAACCCAUCGUCGAUCAACAGAAUCCCUUCAAGCACUCCAAUGGCUCCCAAGUAGCCGGUGGCAAGUUGGAACCAAAGAAGACACCGCCUCCGGUGCCGACGAAACGUUCGACGCUCAGCAUACGCAAAACGGUGACGCAACAGUUGCGUGAACGUGAACGCGAAAAGGAAAAGGAACGUGAAAAAGCGGAUAAGCUCAAGGAGAAGGAACGGGAACAGUUGAAGAAUCGAAAGAAUGCAAGCAAAGGGACGACGCCCGUUGAUGAUGAAUAUAUAACGACAGAAGAAGUACUUAAACAAUCGAAAUAUGUGAAGACAUACAUCAAGAAUCCCGAUCCAUAUUUCGAAUACGAUCCCACGGUGCUCGCUCGGAUCAAGUUCGAGGAAUUACGUGAAUUAGCGGGCAAAAUACCGAAGCGCAAACAAAGUGUACAACAGCAACAACAAACCCCGCAAGCAACACUAAGAUACAACAAUCCCCCGCAACAACAACAACAACAACCACAAUUAGAGGCUGCUAACAAACCGAAGACGUUAACGUUUAAAAAGUGCUCGAAACCAAAUUAUCCGGAAUUGGCUCAACUCAAAAUACGCACCGGAAUCGCUGAGCAAACGAAUGGGGAUUACUUCAAUGCAGCGGAGGUAACCAAGAAUGCCAAAAAGUUCGAUGAGCGCGUCAAGAAAUUGCAAAUCAGUUCGGACGAUGAUCUCGAUGACAUCGAUGGACCGCUAACGAAAAGUGAAUCCAGCGACGAACUCAAUCCGAAUAUCACAAGUCAAACGAGUUCCGGUUGCGCUUCCGACACGACAACGGAUGACGGCAAAUCUCCGAGGCAAUCUCCGAAGCAACCACAGCAGCCACAGCAGCAACCAACAAUGGGAACAUUCACGAACACAAUUAGUUCGGAAGAGUUUCAGGCUUAUCUGGAACGCAAGGGUUUAACCCUGAUGCCCAAACGUGAGAUCAAUAGUCCAACCCCUCGAUCGACGCCCACACGCUCCUCGAGUGGUUAUCACACGGCAGAGGAACGGCGACAACAGGUUGCCGAUUCGUUGGCGGCGUUGCGCAAGAGCAACACCAAAAAGUUGACCGUGUUGCAGCGUCUUUCGAACAGUUUAUUUGCCCCACGACGCAAACAGACGCCGAAGGUAAGCGAUGCAACAGCAACGCCGCAGCCAAUGCGACGCAUUCAACUGGAAUCGCAGCAGCAACAGCCACAGCAACAGCAACAGCAGCAACCAACGCCAUUGCAACGCGGUAGCCUGGAGCGUCAGAGUUUGAUACCGCGACGGGUGGAAACACAGCAGCAACCACAACGCUUCAAUCGCUCUGCGUCGAUGGAUCGCAAUCAGAUGCGUGAACGACGCGAGCAGCGGGAAAACGGCAUGUUGUUGGGGCAACAGCAACAACAACGUCGCUCGUUGGCUGCACCGAAUGCCACAUCGACGCCGCUCAAAAUGUUGAAGCAACCACAGCAGCAGCAGCAACCACAACAUGAAUGGGAACAACUGCGGGCCAUCAAAGAAGUGACCGAUCGUCAGCUGUACCACAAAGUGUUGCAGCAACAACAGCAGCAGCAGCAACAACAACAGCAACAGCAGGUGGAAAACAUUUAUGAGCAUUUGCAGCCACAUCAGCUGAUUAAUCCGUAUUUUGUGCGCAACUCGAUGCAACGCAACACGUUCAGUGGCAUCAGCAAUGGUCGCAAUCGUCAGGUGAUGAUACUAGAUGGCACUCCAAUUGUACCACUUCAACAACAACAACAACAGCAGUUGCCACAGCAACAGCAGCAACCACAGCAGCAACAACAGCAGCAGCAGCAGCAGCCACCGCGUUGCCAAAGCGUGCUCGAUGAGCUGAUCAGCAGCAACAGCAACAGCAACCAACAACUGCAGCAAUCGAGACAAACUUUAACGCGUCGCGGCUAUGAAAGCGAAAACGAAGCAACUCCUGUUAUAAUGCGACGCAAGGACUCAAAGGAUGCGUCGACACGACGCAUUGGCGGCUUGUUGACACGCGAUGAGAUACUCGAGAAGGUGAAAGAGUUCUGCCGCAAGUCGAUUCAACGCACGCCGCAGCCUGCGAUCAAAAUGCAGCCCAUCUAUGAGCAGCGUCACAACAGCAACCACAACACUGUUGCAGCUGACAUUUCGCCUGUGUCUUAUGCCUCCGUUGAGACACAGCAGCAACAACACAAGCGACCAAUAUCGCAACUAAGUGUUGCUGCUCGACCCCAAGUACCGCAACGUGUGCAGAGUUUGCCACGCUCCAGUUUUGCGCCCAUUUCCGUUGCCGUUGGCAGCUCAUCUCCGAUCUAUGCGCAUGUGAAUAAACGCAACAGUUUGCUCUCCAACGAAUCGAAUGAGCCGGCGUAUUUAUCACGGCAACCGACGGAAUAUGUGCUCAUACAAACCGAGGAUGGUUUGCAGGCAGCCAAGUUGAUUGAUUUCCAGCAACAUCAGCAACAACAGCAACAGCAGCAACUGCAUCAGAGCAAUCUUUAUAUGCAGCCACAGUUGUUGCGCACAGCUCCACAAGGUUAUGUGCGCAUGGAGGAGCUGGCUUUGGCACAACAUCAGCAACAACUCCAGCAGCAACAGCAGCAGAAACAACAAUUGCAACUUCAGCAACAGCAACAGCAACUGUUGCAACAGCAUUUGCAAAAUGGUCGCGCUACACCUUUGAUCUUGGAUCGCAGCACACAGCAUGCUAGCCAAAUUUAUUGGACGCCCCAGCAUCAGCGACUCAAUCAAUUGAGUUUGCCCAAAAGUCGCGGUUAUCCGGUUCCAGCGCCUCGCUUGCAAUUGCCACACAAUGUCAAAUAUGUGCAACAGCAGCAACAGCAGCAGCAGCAACCUCGAAGUCUCCAACAGCAGCAAAAUAUUCGUUCAUCCGAUUGGGAUUGCAGCAGCGAGGCAGGCGAAGUGCGACGCAUAAUGGAGAAAUCGUUGUGAAG